AUGAGUGAAAAAAUAUUAUUACAAGUUUUGAUUUUAGGGCUUGCUGUUCUUAUUACAAGUUGCGUUGUCGUGGGAGGUCUGUCUCAUGAGGAAGACUUGGAGUUGGAGAGACAGCUUAAAGUAAAAUUUAUAAACACCCCCGCCAUUAAAACUAUUAAGACGGAAUAUGGAGACGUUUAUGAUUGUGUUGACUUCUACAAACAGCCUGCCUUCGACCAUCCUCUCUUAAAAAAUCACGACUUCCAUUUCGAUAUGAAACCGAACAAGGUCAACAGAAGGGUUGAGACCGAAGAAGAAUCUAAACGGAGUCGCAACAGGAAGGGAAUAAAAUCGGCGGAACUGAAGGGAGUGGGAUGUCCACGUGGCACUGUCCCAAUAAGGAGAACCACCAAAGAAGAUCUCAUUCGGGAAAAGAACUUCACAGAAAUGUACGAUUCGGUUCUACAUCCUCAGACUGAGUCCGAACCCGGUUUGCAUUUCGCGGGAGGAAGAGUGAGACCAGAGUGGAUGAGGAUGCCAUUGGGAGGGGGGGAUGCGUGGUUCAGUCUGUACCAAACCCCUUUCGUUAAUAAGCUUCAAUGGAGCUCCGGUCUCAUCAAAGUCUCCAACGGUUCAGAUUACAUCAAAGCUGGCUGGACGGUGAAUCCUACACUUUAUGGAGAUGACCGAUGUCGACUUUUUGCUUUCUUACAUACUCGGGAGCAAAGAUGCUUCAACGUGAAAUGCCCGGGUUUUGUGUUGAUAAAUCAAGAUAUUCCUCUCGGUUAUGCCUUUCCCGAUGUCUCACAAACCGGUGUUCUAACCAUCGAGAAUAGAUUCUACAUUUUCAGAGACCAAGUGAAUGGGAACUGGUGGUUGAACCUGGGAAAGGACGACACCGACAUAGGGUUCUGGCCGUCGCACAUUUUCACGGACUUGAAAUCGACGGCGGACGACAUCUUUUGGGGGGGCGAGCUGUUCAGUCUUCCGGCGUUCCAGAGCAGCCCGAUGGGAAGCGGUUUAAAGAUCGAGGGUGAUAGCCCGGAGCUUCACGCAUACGCUCGCCAGCUCUCGGUGGUUGAUGACGCCAAGCAGCAAGUUUUCCCGAUAACAGUCGAUGACGAGAUCGUGUCGGACAUCGGUUGGGACUACGUUAGGCACUACCAGUUCAACCCGGAUAAACACUGGGGUCGGACCAUAAUGUUCGGAGGGCCUGGGGCCGUUUUUGGCGAAUGAUGGGAAAAUGUAUCAGUUCCUGAACCGAAAUACCUAAUAUGGGAUCAUUAUGCAAUAAUAUCACCCUCUAUGGAUCGUAUUCAUGGUCACCACAUAAAUGGAAUCUGAAUAUGAACACAUGAUUUCGUAU